AUGCAUCUUCUGGCGCCUCUGUUCGGAAUGAACAUAUCAUCUUCUGUAGUAGGAGCAGGUUUAGUUGUAUUCGCCGGUUUGAUUGUUAUUUCUGUUACCGUUGUUGUUUCUGUUACAGUUGGUUCUUCAAAAUACAGUGCUCCUGAACUGCGGUCUUCUAACUCAGUGAAAGCAAAAGAUCGUAUGUGCGGCAAGAAUUUCUCGCCGUUCGCGUUGCAACGUUUGCCUCUGCAGCAGCAAUCAUAA